GUGCUCGCCCCGGUGGGUGUGGCUCGGCCUCUCCCUCGCCCCGCUGCCGCACUUCGUUCCCCUGCCGCGCUCCGCCGCCGCAUUUCGGCCUCCUCUCGAGGCCGCUAGCACCCCGCCCCCCGCCCUCGCCCGCAGACCCGCGGCCCCGAGCUAGCCCAGAUGUCCGAGGCAGCAGGAAAUCUCAAUAGCCUCCGCAUGGCGAACGUGGCCCUGCGAGAAGAAUUAAAUGCCCUUCGCGGGGAGAAUGCCAAUUUGGGUCUUCAGCUCGGAAGAGCCCUGGCCGAGGUUAACUCCUUGCGCGGCAAUGUCUCGAGCUACAUCCGCUGGCCAGUGCCCGUGGUGCCCGUCCUUGCCGAGGAGAACUUUGAGUUCCCGCUCAGUGAGAUCGACGCCGUUCCUGAGGGCGAACUCCCCUUCCUGUGCUGGCCUCCCCCGCGCAUGGAGCCCGAGUAUGCCUCAGACGAACUGUUGAUCAGCGUGAUCCAGGAUUGCGGCACAUCGGACGGGCUGGUCGACCCUCCUCCGCUGCCCAUCCCGCCCCCGCCGGCGCUGCCCCCGCCCCCAUCGAAGGAGCUGCCCUCGCAGCCUCUGCUGCCGCUGCUGGAGCGGCCUGAGAUAGAGCCCUUUUCUGGCGACCCAGUCUACCUGGCUGAAUUCCUUAUGCAGCUGGAGACCUUCAUAGCCGACCAUGAGGAUCAUUUCCCCGGGGGCGCUGAGCGAGUGGCCUUUCUGAUCUCCUUUUUCACUGGUGAAGCCAAAGACUGGGCCAUCUCAGUCACCCAGGAAGGAAGCCCCCUGCAUGCCAACUUCCCGCGCUUCCUGGAUGAAAUCCGUAAGGAAUUCUGUGGCCCCAUCCCACCAAGUGUGGCUAAAAAGGCCAUUCGCAAGCUCAAGCAGGGAGACUGUACCCUUGGCAGCUAUGCAGAUGCCUUUCAGUUCCUGGCCCAAUUCUUGUCGUGGGAUGACUGCCGCCUUCAAAACCAAUUUCUCAAAGGCCUGUCAGAAUUCUUCCGUAAGGAGCUCUUAUGGUCAACUGAAAUGGCUGACCUGGACGAGCUGAUUCUCGAAUGCAUGGAGAUAGAAAGAAAAGUGCGUGUCCCCAAGCCAAUCCCGCUCCCUGGGGUUCGAAAUAUCUUCUUCCCUUUUGCUGCAGAUUCUAAUAUCGAUGAAAGUGAAGACUACUACAGUGGGGCUGAAGAUGAAGAGGCACACAGGCGCAGGCUUUACAGCAAGGACCAGCGGAGGUGCGUGAGAGCUAUUCAGCAAGAGAUGAGGCAGAAGGAGGAGGAGGACAGGAGGAAGAAGGAGGAAGAGAUGAGGAAGAAGGAGGAGAUGAAACAGAAAGAGGAGGAGGAGGAGGAGGACGUAGAGGAGGUGGAUGUGGAGGAGGAGGAUGAGGAAGAGGAGGCGAUGAUGAGGAAGAAGAAUGAGGAGAAAGAUGCGAAUAAAGAUAAGGAAGAAGAGGAGGAGGAUCGGGGCCAGGAGCCAGAGCAAGAACCAGAGCAGGAGCCAGAACAGGAGCAAGAGACAGAGGAUGAGACCCAAGAUGAUGACCUAGACGAGCUGAUGGAGAUGGAGCCGACCUAUGCCCACGCUUCAUCUCAGACUUCUGGCUACUAUCAUGAAAAUUUCCUAGAGGCAUCACCUCCCAUAAUACAGCCCAGCAGACGGAGGAACCAGAACCGAGUUCCACUUCUGGAGGGCCUUCCAGGUACCAAUUCACCAUUCUACAGUUCACCACCACUGAUUCGCCGUGCAGGUCGCUUGGGGCAACGCCAAAUUCGAAGACGUCCCCCGGUGCUGUUCCGCCUCACUCCGAGACAGGGGGGCCACCGGGCUGCACGUGGCCGAAUUCGCGUGUGAGUGCUGGGGUGAGAUGGCCACCCAGAACACACCCUUCUACUGCGUCCCCUACCCCUGCUAUUGCUGCCACACCUGCCCCAUUUGCUGACCAGUACUUAAGGGAGUUCCAGACCUGCAGAACCUGAAGAAGACCUGUAGAACUCCAGACCUUCUUGCAGCCAUGACGAGCAAGCGACACGUGCCUGACCAAAGCCACCUGGGAGGAGAGGGAUCAGCAAUAGCUGUCCUCUUGGCGUGGACUCUGCUCAGUCCUGCCACAAGCUAGAGAGCAGGCUUCCGGGCCUGUUCCCAUAAAUGAACUGGUCACCCUCUUGUAUUUCCCUUCUAGUUAUUCCUAACCCUCACCUCUCCUGUGUUUAUUCACCCUGUGUUCUACGGUUUUAUCCUCUGACUGGCUCACCAUGACUUCACCCACUGCCUCACUGACCUGCCCCAAUGAGCAAAAGGACAGGCUGUACUGAACUCCUAAAGCCAUUGAGGCCACUUACUAGAUAUAAUCGGUGGAGAGCAGGAUGGUAUCAAGAAAAGUGCCCAGAAGCCUGCACUUGCUUCAAGCCACACCUCCAGCAGAAGGGUCUCGAAGAGGAUGCUACAUCUAGCUCAGUGACAGUGUACAAAAUGACACAUCAAAUGGACAACUUGGCUGAGAUUUGUCCUUGACUGACUGAGCAAGCUGGUUUCAUCUUCCCACAGACUACUGUAUCGGGGCCCUUGGACAGGGUUGCCAAAUCUGGGGCCCUCUCCUCUUAGCACACUGCCCUCCUUGUCACCCCCAAUGUCCAAGAGCCCAAUGUCCCAGGCUCUUCCCUUUUCCUUAAUGUUGCCUAAAGCGUCAGCAGUUGGGUGGGGGAGGAGGCAGAGGAGGAGAAAGAAGCAGUAACAACUCAGUUUGACAUUGUAAGCAGUCACUCUUUCCUUAGGGACGGUGGUCUCCUUCCCCUUGGACUGCAGCCCCCAGCCAAAGGUUUUUGCAGGAGACUUGCCAUCCUUGGGAUUCCAGAGGAGGCCUAAUUGGCCUUGCCUUCCCAGACCUCCAAAGAGAGAGAGGGCCCAAGGCCUGGUCUUUAACUUUGACUUAAAGGAUUCCUUAGUUCUGAGAGGAGAGAGGAAGGUUCUCUCUACAAGAGACUGCACCCACUGCAGCCUUCCAGCUGGGAUGUCCUCACGUCUCUCACAUGGGGGGCAAGCCAUGGCCUGGUGUGGGGCUUUGAUUAGAUGGUGAGGCUUAAGAGGGGCACUGCCUCCUAGUAACUCCUGGGACUUCUAGGUGCUAACCUAGGUACCCUUAGAAAGUCCUGCUGCUUGCCAUGGGUCCAGAAAACACUGGUUCUGCAGUGAAAAAUACACACUAUGUCACUCUGGCCACAGAAUGCCAGCCAAAUCCACUGCUGACCUGAACUGCCCUUGACACUGAGCUUCCUGCACAGUGCUGGCAGCUGAGCGAGUGCAGCCAAAGUGUCUAUGGCCAGAGGGAAGAAAACAUAGUAAAUUAAGCCUCUGUUCCUCAUCGGAGUCUGACAGAUAACCUCAGCCCAGCCUUAGAAUUUUGAGCCUGGAGGCAAGAGGAAGAAGCUGGAGGAAGAGGAGUCACAGAGAAACCCAGUCCUCCCAGCUGCUUUCUGGUGAGGUCUCUAUUCAUCAGUGGGAGCUCUUUCUUCAGGAGAGAGUUCCAGAAGAGGAACCACCAUUUUUCGAGGCUGUGGACCCUGUUUGGUGAAGGUCGACACGCUGGUCCUGCUGCCCAUGUCCCUGCCGGAGAAGUGCAAAGGACAGGUGCCUUGCACCUCCACCUCCAGGGACCCCCCUCGGCACAGGCCCCGCCUGUUCCCAUGGUGCUUCUCACCCUGAGCCCUUGCAGCCUCAGCCAGGGAAAGAGCUGAUGAGCAGUGAGCUGGUUUCUGGCCCUCUGGUGGCAAGGGGACUUGGACUUCCCUUUGACCCUCUUCCCCUCUUCCCAGAUCUUCAAUAUUUGUUGUGAUGUAACAGCCAUAAGAGCUGUAAGAGGAACUAUGGGCUUUGGGUGCCUUCUUGGGUUGAAAGAGGGGUUGGGGGGGAAAAUGCAUGCAGGGGUGUGAAGGCAGCCCAAGGACUCCCAGAGACUCGGGAGGAAACUCGUUUGAAAUAAAUGUGUUAUUGUGAUUGUG